CAACUAUAAAACAUGGAAAUUCAUGAGUAAUUAUCUUUUAAAAAAUAAUAUAUAAACGACAUAAAAAUAGGUCACACUGUGCGUAUGAAGCGGUUCAGACAACAGUAAGCUGAUGCAAGAAAACACCAUUCGGAAGAGCUACCAAGAAAUUCUAUCAGAAGCUCUGAUGGAUUCUUCUGUUGCACAAAUGAGUUGUGUUCUGAAAGUAAGCAUCAAUUGUGAAGCAUGCAGGAAAAAGAUCUACGAAGUCUUGCAGAAUAUUUAUGGUGUGUAUAAAAUUAACAUAGAUGCAGAGGGAGGAACGGUAAAAGUUUCAGGGAAAGUAAAUCCAAGUACACUUCUAAUGGUGUUGGAAGGGUCAGGGAAACAUGCAGAAGUAAAAAGUGUUACGUUCGACGGUGAGGUCAAGAACGAUUGGGGUGGGGGAUACGAUUAUUUUGGAGAGGCUGGAUAUGGUUAUGGUUAUAACCCUUAUGAAGUGGCUCCACUGCCAUUUUAUCCCUAUCCGCUGUAUGGAGGGUAUGACUAUCACUGGAAUGAUCCCGGUCGUCUCAAAAUGAUGCCAUUGCUAGCGCUACCCCCACCACCAGUGCCGUUAGCUUCGUCAUCACCAUCGGUACCACAACAGUCUCAACCACCACUGCCACUACAAUUACAACCACAAUCAGUGCCACCACAACCACCAAAAACACCCGCACCACCAAAUCAGGUGCUACCACCACCGCCACCGGCAGCCAAUGCUGCACAGACAAUAACGAAACCAGCGGCCAAAUCGGAUAAGAAAUCUAAGUGUUGUAUCAUGUAAGGUGCUGAAAUAGGUCUAGGAUUGCUAGACGGCUUAUUGUUCAUUCAUCAUACAAGGAUUUCCCUGAUAAUUAUAUCAUGUAAAGUCGGAACUCAUUUUUUUCUCUUCCCUUGACAUUUCAUGUCGAAAGAAUUUUGGU